AUGAGGAUUUUCCUUGCGAUUUUCAUCCUUCAUCUCACCACUUGCUGGGCAGGUGACGCCCAGCCGGAAGUCUUCUCGUGGAAGGCUCUUGAGUGGACGGACGUGGAGACGACGGGAACAGUCGGUGGUUAUCCUUUCUACUCUGCCAGUGGGAAUCAUCCGUCAGGAGUUGCAUAUCAUGCCAAGAGUGGGGCAAUGAUUGUGACUAUUCCACGUCGUCAACCAGGAAUUCCAGCUACAAUUGGCGCCUUCUGCGUUAAGGACUGGAAGAAGGGCAGCAGUCCCAAGGCUUUCCCAAUCCCAAGUGCAGAACUCAAUGUGCUCAAGGAGGGAUUCUUCAGUGAGGCCAAAGAAAUGACUUCCGCGGAAAGUGUGUCGAGGAAGACGAGGGAUGUUAAAGGAGAAAAGCCCAUUGUAUCAGUCAGCACCCCAAUAAUCGACAGCAAGUGCAACAGAUUGUGGUUCCUAGACACUGGAGUCAUUUUCUAUCCUGACCAGAUAAUUGUGGUGCAUCGUCCUUCCCUCUGGGUGGUUCAAUUGCCGGAGAAGAGCUGCUCCAAGGAUGCCUUUAAGGUGAUCAAGAGGAUAGAGUUCAGUGAGGAUCAAGUGGGCGAUAUAGCUGGUUUGGCUGAUUUGGCUCUGGACUUUGCCAAGAAUGGCACUUGUGAUGAUGUUCACGUGUACAUCCCAGAUUCCAUCGGACGGCAAAUUAUCGUGCAUGAUUAUCGCGCGGAAAAGACUUGGACUUUCAAUGAACACUACUCAUUCGAUCCCGUGAUUCGAGAGAGUGCAAUUCUUGCCGGAGAUCAUCAAUAUGUUAUUGAGGAGGGCAUAAAUUCCAUCACAUUGGGCUGGCGGGACUCCUUAGGCUACAGGGCAGCCUACUACAUUCCCCUGUCGGGAACUGGUCAAUUUGCUACAUCGACACAGGUGUUGAAGGAUGAGUCUAGGGCACAGACGAAUUUCCAUCCUGAGGAUUUCAGACUCAUCGGUUAUCGCGGUCAACAGCUUCAGGCCAAUCGUCAUGCAUUUGACCCGAAGAAUGGAGUUAUCUUCUACGCUGAUGCCCAAGAGCAGAGUAUCAGGUGCUGGAAUGUGAGGCGUCCACUCACUCCUGAUCACAUUGGAGUUACCAAUUUCAAUGCCACAGACGUUGAAGGAUUAGACCUUUCGAUUGACUCCCGCGGACAGUUGUGGAUACUCGCCAAUAGACCCUUGAAGUUCAGAGUGUCUGGAAUGGACACCAAAGAAGUGAAUGCAAGACUUUUCCGUGUCUCUGUGGACGAAGCCAUUCAAGGAACUGCCUGUGAAGACUCCAGUGCUUUAACUGAGGGAUUCAAAGAGAGUGAGAGAAAUGUUUAUGAAGACACAGAGGAUUUUAUUCAUUGA